CCUCGCGUUAAGGAGGUCGUGGACAGGAUGGAGAGUUUGUCCCAGGAAGUUUCGCAGGGGGCAUAUUCUGCAGAUGACCAGGAUAUAUUGAGGAGGGCAUUGGGGACUCCUGACCAUCCUGGUCUUCUUAGGGGCGUCGGUUAUGGAGUCACCAAGAGGGAUUACUUCGGGUACCGACAAAAGCCCUCUUCAUCGUGCACGCCUUCCUCUGCUGAGUUCAUGGAGCUGAAGGAAGAAACACGCUGGUUAAAGGAGCAAGUUAAAGCGCAAGCGCUCCUAAUCGAGCAGUUGAUCAAGAAUCAAGCACCACAGCGGCUCCGAAUCUCAGCCCAAGUGGGUGAAGCGGACGUUCAGUGUAUGGCAGAUAGCCCUAAACAUCACACUGUUGCAACGGGCCGCAUGUUCAAUUUACCAGGGGGAGAGUAUGAUUCAUAA